GCGCCGCCAUUUUGUGAGUCUAUAACACGGAGCGGUUGGGUUCGUUCCUGCUAUUCCGGCGCCUCCACUCCGUUCCCGACGGGUCUCCUCCGUGUGCAAUGGACGGGUGAGUCCCCGCCGGCCAGGGCCUCGGCACGGGCGGCGCCGUGCUGGGGGCCGGGGAGCAGCGUCGCCAGACCCUUCCCGGGAUGCGGAGGAGGGGGAGAAAGCGGCCGAGCAUUGUCCAAGAUAUAACAGUUGGUACAAAGCGGGGACCUGACGAGCUUUUCUCUGCUUGUGUUACUAACGGACCCUUUAUCAUGAGCAGCAACUCUUCUUCUGCAGCUAAUGGAAACGAGAGCAAAAAAUUCAAAGGCGAUAGUAGAAGUGCUGGGGUCCCAUCCCGAGUGAUCCACAUCCGCAAACUCCCCAGUGAUGUCACGGAGGCCGAAGUCAUUUCUUUGGGCUUACCCUUUGGCAAGGUCACCAACCUUCUCAUGCUGAAAGGCAAAAACCAGGCGUUCAUAGAGAUGAACACAGAGGAGGCGUCCAACACCAUGGUCAACUACUACACCACAGUCACUCCCGUCCUCCGGAGCCAGCCCAUCUACAUUCAGUUCUCCAACCACAAGGAGCUGAAGACAGACAGCUCUGCAAACCAAGCCCGGGCCCAGGCGGCUCUGCAGGCCGUGAAUUCCGUGCAGUCCGGGAACCUGGCGCUGUUGGCUUCCCCCGCGGCCGUGGAUGCCGGGAUGGCCAUGGCUGGCCAGAGCCCCGUCCUCAGGAUCAUCGUGGAGAAUCUCUUCUAUCCUGUCACUCUGGAUGUUCUGCAUCAGAUUUUUUCCAAAUUUGGUACAGUCUUGAAAAUCAUUACAUUCACGAAGAACAACCAAUUUCAGGCCCUGUUACAAUAUGCUGACCCAGUGAGUGCUCAGCAUGCCAAACUGUCUUUAGAUGGACAGAAUAUCUACAACGCCUGUUGUACGCUGCGCAUAGAAUUCUCAAAGCUCACAAGUCUCAAUGUAAAAUACAAUAAUGAUAAGAGCAGAGAUUAUACACGGCCAGACCUGCCUUCUGGGGAUAACCAGCCCGCUCUCGAUCCAGCCAUGGCAGCUGCUUUUGGUGCCCCAGGAAUAAUCUCUGCUCCAUAUGCGGGAGCUGGCUUUCCUCCUGCCUUUGCAAUCCCUCAGGCUGCAGGCCUGACAGUUCCAAAUGUUCACGGAGCACUAGCUCCUUUGGCGAUCCCCACAGCAGCAGCUGCGGCGGCUGCGGCAGGACGGAUCGCCAUCCCCGGCCUCGCCGGGGCAGGGAACUCUGUUCUGCUGGUUAGCAAUCUGAUUCCGGAGAGAGUUACACCCCAAUGCCUCUUUAUUCUUUUCGGAGUCUACGGUGAUGUGCAGAGGGUGAAGAUUUUAUUUAAAAAGAAAGAGAAUGCCCUAGUUCAGAUGGCUGAUGGAAACCAGGCCCAGCUUGCCAUGAGCCACUUAAAUGGUCAGAAGCUCCACGGGAAGCCGAUCCGUAUCACGCUGUCCAAGCACCAGACGGUGCAGCUUCCCCGCGAUGGGCAGGAGGACCACGGCCUCACCAAGGACUAUGGCAACUCUCCUCUACAUCGCUUUAAGAAACCGGGCUCCAAAAAUUUCCAGAACAUCUUUCCUCCUUCUGCCACUCUUCAUCUGUCUAACAUUCCACCUUCGAUAACUGAAGAAGACCUUAAGAUGUUGUUUUCAAGCAAUGGUGGGAUGGUCAAAGGAUUCAAAUUCUUCCAGAAAGACCGUAAAAUGGCUCUGAUCCAGAUGGGCUCCUUGGAAGAGGCCAUUCAGUCGCUCAUCGAUCUCCACAAUCAUGACCUGGGUGAGAACCAUCACCUGCGUGUGUCCUUCUCAAAGUCCACCAUUUAAAGCUUGGGAAGGCGUAAGACAAAAAUGGACUUGACUUAAAACCUCUUGGGUUCAGCCUUGACCUUAAAAAGGCUGAACACGAGGGUUUCAACUUCCAUCAUUCCAGAAAAAAAGCCACUUUAAAAAUGCAGCUGAAGUGACCUUAAGAGACCAGAGAUUUUAUUUUUUUAAAGAGAAAUCAGUUUACCGGUUUUUAAAAAAGAAAAAAAAUUAAAUCUAAUUGAUAUUGCUAACCUUGCGGUGAUGGGUAACAAUCUUGACUGUUCCAAUAAAAAAUCACAAGCUCAAGUUUACACUUUGGAACCUGCUCUGGGAAAUUCCCCUCCCCUCCUGCUCCUUCUCCCCCAAAAGCAGAUCCUAACAAGUUUAUCAGGUUUCACUUUGAUGCCUUUUUGAUUUUCUUUACCCAUCCAUGCCUUGAAAGACCUAAAACCACUGUGUAAAUUCACUUUAGCGCCUUUGAGUCAGGAUUUUGCGAAAUUCAUGGUGUGUAGGAGCUCCAAACUCAAUCCAGCACAAACAAAUCAGUCGCGUUGAUCCUGCCCGACCCGUGCAUCUGCUGUCCUGUGCCUUAAACCUUUUCCUUCUUUGGGGAAACAUGGGAAGCGUAGGGAGCGCUGGGGGAGCCGAGGGAAGGGGUGAGCGGCGCCCCCGGGCCCGGCCCCCGCGGGGGAGGCCGAGUGGAGCUGGCAAAGUGGAUAAAGAAAAUAUUGGGCUUUUCAGUCUUGCGGCAGCCGCAAGAAACGUCUCGAUCUGUCUUGGUGCCGCUUCCACCCUGCUCGUGGUUCAUCGCCACCCGCGAAGCCACGAGCGGGGUUUGCCCGACUCGCGGCGCCGGGCAGGGAGCGUUCCCCAGACCAAACACAUCCCGGCAGUUCGAUCAUGAUGCAGAAUUAACCACUGGUGGACACUCGUGAGGACGAAUCAUUCAGUUUGUCAAAAUUGUGUGUGUGUAUAUAUAUAUAUCUAAAUACCUGGCUAGGAUUUGAAGAAUUAUUGGGUAUCCCGUGUUUAGAAAGGUGUUCACGUGAGUCACCUUCACGCCCCUGAUUUGAGAUUAACCAGACCAAUGUAGCUCUGCCGUCAUUCUUAUAGCAUGUCUUCAGCAUUUGAGCUUUUCAUUUUUAAUUCUUGUAUUAUACUUUUGAUGCUGUUGCUGUCAUCUGUGCCUAGCAAUAUUUCCAGUUGACCAAAUAUUCUAAUCUCUUUAUAUGCAAAAGAAAUAGUUUAAGUACCUUUUUAUAGAAUGAUAAGAUGGUAUAAACGUAAUCUAAAUUUACUCCUUUUGUGGUAUUAUCCUUGUAUACUGUACUUUUUUGUUUUGUAAUUGAAACUGUAGGGCAGGAAUUUAGUUGUCAGGCUGAGGUCAUGACUGAGGAUGAGUAAUGUAACGAAACCGAUACGACACGUUCAGCAAAGCGUUUGAGGUAACAAGCUCCGAUAGCUUGUGAAUUUAAAAGGACCCAGGCUCAAGUUUUCACCCUUUAACCUAUAAGCCCAGAUCUUUUAAGUUAUAGGAAGGGAAUUUAAUAAAAGUAGAAUGCGACAGAUCGGUUUUUUCCCAAUGAUAUGACUUUAUUUUUUCUGGCUUACAACUCUUUCCCGGGCCAUUCUGCCUUCUAUUUUGUGUAAUCCGAUGUUGCCUUACAUUUCCCUCUAACCUGCAACCUGUUCGGAUGCAAAAAUAACAAGAAUCUUGUACUUUUUUUCAGGGUUUUUCUGCAAAAAUUGUGGACCAAAGUUUGUUUUUUAAUUGUCUUAGUGUUGCAAGUUACGAUUUCCUCGCUCGCUGUGGGGGCUCCUGACUUGCCCGGCACUGAGCGUUUGAAAAGUCUUAACUUGUUGUAGUUGCUCCCUGAGCUCUCGAGGGUGUGAAUUGUGCAGAGCAGCGUGUGGAGCCCGAGCUGGGGACACCAGGUUGGGACCGACCCCCCGUGUCCCGUUGGAGAUGCCGCUUUGGUCACCUCUGACUAAACCUGUUAGCCAAGAGCCUCGUGCUCCUGCACCAGCGGCCGGGGGGUGAGUUGUUGGCAGAGUUAAUUUGCUCAUCUCCCAAAGCGCAGAACCCGCUCCCUGCGGGAGGAUCCACAUGUGGCCCAGGAACCACCGGGCAGAGGCUCUUUGGGACCUUUUGGUGGCCACCGGUGCCCAUUUGGUUGCCCUGGCUUGUGUGCAAAGUGCAGGCGAGUGAGUUGAGGUGACCCCGGGACCAGGCGAUUGGGGGUUUUUCCUUUGGAUCCCUGUGUUUGCAUGUAAAGAAUGUGAGUAACAAAAGGGUGUACAUAUUUAUAAUUUUUUUAUACCUGUUGUAAGACAUGAGGGGGCAGCAAAACCCAGUUUUUUUAUGGUGAACAGAUGUAUUGUAUAUUUUGAUAACAGCUAUUACAGGUUCAGUAUUGUGGAAGGUGGGGUGGGGAGGGUAAGCAUACACAACAUCAGAAUUCCAUUGCCUCUUUCAAAGAAUGUUUGUAAUGCAAAAAGAAAUGAAAUUAAAACUAUUUUAUAACAACCUUUGUACCUUUCUGUAGCUCCAUUAUUUACUGUUCAGAUUGUAGAAAGCAGUUAUUGGCCAGUCUGUACUUGUGCUUUCAAUAAAUUUCUUCUGUAUUCUUUGCUUCUGA